CGUGUCAGCCAAUCAGCGCUGAAGAGCGGGACUAGUUUUUCCUCAUGAAAACCUAAAUAACCAAGCAUGCAAGCCUACAGAUAGUUAGUUAGCUAGUCUCGCAUUGCCAGGCUUAUGUUCACAGCGUUGUGGACCUAGCUAAGUACUGAUAAAGCUGUAGCUUGUCAAGCACCAGUGUUCGUCGCCAAGACUAUCUAAAGUGGAUUGCUUUGAUUUAACGGAACGCUUAAGCUCACUACGUUGGACUCUUGUUUGCUCCCCCUGUUCGCCGGAGUCAACCUCCCUCCCCUUUGUAAUUACCAUUUUCCAACGAUGACAGAGUUUUCGAAGGGGCGCGUUGAUGGGACACAUCCUCUGUCACACAGCCAAUGCUGCUUGAGCAGUGUAUGGAGGCUAUCUAAACCAAACACAUGUUUACGAUGAUGGGACCUCGGUCAGACAUGGAAACACAGCCAGAGGCAGCCAUGAGCCCUCCGCGCCGAUCAUCGAGCCCUCCGCGCCGAUCAUCGAGCCCUCCGCGCCGAUCAUCGAGCCCUCCGCGCCGAUCAUCGAGCCCUCCGCGCCGAUCAUCAAGUUCCCAUGGUGACAGGCCCUCCAAUGAGACCCUUCAGAGAAACAACAGCAGCAACUCUGGCGUUAUUCUGGACAUCUCGGCUCUCAAGAUGGCAGAGGUGGACUCCGAGGUGCCUCCUCUUCCACCUCGCUAUCGCUUCAGGGACUUGUUGCUGGGGGACCAGACGUUUCAGAAUGAUGACAGGGUGCAGGUGGAGUUCUAUGUCAACGAAAACACCUUCAAGGAGAGGCUGAAGCUUUUCUUCAUCAAAAACCAAAGGUCAAGCCUCAGAAUCCGCCUGUUCAACUUCUCACUGAAGAUCCUCACCUGUGUCCUCUACAUAGUAAGAGUCAGCCUGGAUAACCCAAAGGAGGUCAACGGCAACCUAUGUGCAAUAUGUCCAGACAACAACAACACAGCAGACUCAACAGAAAUCAACUGGUCGUUGAUUUUCUGGGUUACCAGACGGGAACCCGUAUGGGCGAUACAGGUGACAGUGGCCUUAAUCAGUUUCUUGGAGACGAUGCUUAUCACAUAUCUCAGCUACAAGGGGAACAUUUGGGAGCAGAUCUUCCAGAUAUCCUUUAUAUUGGAGAUGAUCAAUUCAGUGCCAUUUAUAAUCACAAUCUUCUGGGCUCCAUUGAGAAACAUAUUCGUUCCUGUAUUUCUUAACUGCUGGCUAGCCAAAGGUGCCCUGGAGAACAUGAUUAAUGACUUCCAUCGUGCCAUCCAGCGGACCCACUCUGCCAUGUUCAACCAGGUUUUCAUCCUCAUCUGCACCUUACUGUGUCUGGUUUUCACUGGAGCUUGUGGAAUCCAGCAUCUAGAGAGAGCCGGGAAGCACCUGACCCUGUUUGACUCAUUCUAUUUCUGCAUCGUCACCUUCUCCACUGUGGGCUAUGGGGAUGUCACGCCACAAAUCUGGCCCUCCCAGCUGCUGGUGGUCAUUCUCAUCUGUGUGGCCCUGGUGGUGCUCCCACUGCAGUUUGAAGAACUAGCAUACCUGUGGAUGGAGAGCCAAAAGUUAGGAGGGAACUACAGCCGCCACCGGGCACAGACAGAGAAGCAUGUGGUGUUGUGUGUCAGCUCGCUGAAGAUUGACCUGCUCAUGGAUUUCCUCAACGAGUUCUACGCUCAUCCCAGACUACAGGACUACUAUGUGGUGAUCCUGUGUCCAACAGAGAUAGAUAUUCAGGUUCGCCGAAUCCUCCAAAUCCCUCUGUGGUCCCAGAGGGUCAUCUACUUGCAAGGAUCUGCCCUCAAAGACCAGGACCUGAUGAGGGCCAAGAUGGAUGAUGCUGAGGCCUGCUUCAUCCUCAGCAGCAGGAACGAGCUCGACCGAACUGCUGCUGAUCACCAGACUAUUUUGAGGGCUUGGGCUGCGAAAGACUUUGCUCCAAAUUGCCCUCUCUACGUCCAAAUUCUCAAACCAGAAAAUAAAUUCCAUGUUAAGUUUGCAGAUCAUGUAGUAUGUGAAGAGGAGUUCAAGUAUGCCAUGUUGGCGCUGAACUGCGUGUGUCCCGCCACAUCUACCUUAGUCACACUCUUGGUUCACACCUCCAGAGGACAGGAGGGGCAGUUGUCACCGGAGCAUUGGCAGAGGAUGUAUGGACGCUGCUCUGGAAACGAGGUCUACCACAUCCGCUUGUGUGACAGCAAGUUUUUUGGGGAGUAUGAUGGAAAGAGCUUCACCUACGCCUCUUUCCACGCCCAUAAGAAAUAUGGUGUGUGUUUGAUCGGUGUGAAGAGGGAGGACAACAAGAGCAUCCUUCUGAACCCCGGCCCCCGCCACAUCAUGGCUGCCCCCGACACUUGCUACUACAUCAACAUCACCAAGGAGGAGAACUCAGCCUUCAUCUUCAAACAAGAGGAGAAGCACAACAAGGGCCUGUCCGUCACCGGCCUCUACGACGCCCCCUCCAGGCUGCCCGUGCACAGCAUCAUCGCCAGCAUGGUUGAUCAGGCCACUGCAUAUGGCACUGUAGCCAUAGAUCUCCAGAACCCUGAUCCUCCCGAGGAAAGCGGCAAGCUGACCUUGCCGACUGAGAACGGCUCUGGAAGCCGCAGGCCGAGCAUCGCGCCUGUCCUAGAGAUCACCGACUCCUCUGCCAUUCUGCCCUGCGACCUCCUCAGCGACCAAUCAGAGGAUGAGACCAACCAAUCUGACGACGAGGGCUCCGUAGGGUCAGAUUUUGUGAAGGGCUACCCUCCCAACUCGCCCUACAUCGGCAGCUCUCCAACUCUGUGCCACCUCCUGCCACAGAAAGCUUCAUUCUGCUGCCUUCGUCUCGACAAGGGCUGCACACAUAGCAGCUUCGAGGAUGCCAAGGCAUACGGCUUCAAGAAUAAGCUGAUUAUUGUGUCUGCGGAGACGGCCGGAAACGGUCUCUACAACUUCAUCGUCCCUCUGCGCGCUUACUAUCGGCCCAGGAAGGAGCUCAACCCCAUAGUGCUGCUGCUGGACAACAUGCCAGACAACCACUUUUUGGAGGCCAUUUGCUGCUUUCCAAUGGUUUACUACAUGAAAGGCACGAUCGAUAGCUUGGACAACCUGCUACAGUGUGGCAUAAUCUACGCUGACAACUUAGUGGUAGUGGACAAGGAGAGCACCAUGAGUGCUGAGGAGGACUACAUGGCAGACGCUAAGACCAUCGUCAACGUCCAGACAAUGUUCAGGUUGUUCCCCAGUCUCAGCAUCAUCACUGAGCUCACACACCCGUCCAACAUGAGGUUCAUGCAGUUCAGAGCCAAGGACUGCUACUCACUCGCUCUCUCCAAACUGGAGAAGAUAGAGCGUGAUAAGGGCUCCAACUUGGCCUUUAUGUUCCGGCUGCCGUUUGCUGCAGGCAGAGUGUUCAGCAUCAGCAUGUUGGAUACACUGCUUUACCAGUCGUUCGUUAAGGACUAUAUGAUCGCUAUAGCGAGGCUUCUCCUCGGUCUAGACACCACGCCUGGCUCUGGGUACCUGUGUGCUAUGAAGAUCACGGAGGAGGACCUGUGGAUCAGGACUUACGGCAGACUCUUCCAGAAGCUUUGUUCCUCCAGCGCCGAGAUCCCCAUAGGGAUCUACCGCACCGAGUCGCACAUGUUCUCAACCUCAGAGUGCAAGGGCAGUAACGCACAGUCUCAGGUGUCCAUCAACACACAGCAGGGCGAGGAGCAUCGCGAGCACAGAGAGUCCUGGAAGGAGAAGACCGCCCACAGAAACUCCUCGGCGAGCGACCAAUCGGAGCACCCUCUGCUGAGGAAGAAGAGCAUGCAGUGGGCCCGGCGGCUGAGCAGGAAGAGCACCAAACCGUCCAGCAGGGCAGAGCGUAUCUCGCAGCAGAGACUCAACCUGUACCGACGCUCCGAGCGACAGGAGCUGUCGGAGCUGGUCAAGAAUCGCAUGAAGCAUCUGGGCCUGCCCACCGUGGGAUACGAGGAUGUUUCUAAUCUCACUGCGAGCGAUGUCAUGAAUCGAGUAAAUCUAGGAUAUUUGCAAGACGAGAUGAACGACCACCAGAACACACUGUCCUACGUCCUAAUCAAUCCGCCUCCUGACACCAUGCUGGAGCUCAACGACAUUGUGUACAUUAUCCGGUCAGACCCGCUGGCACACAUGCCAGAGGACUCCCAGGUGGGGCAGGCCCGCAGCACCAGGAACCAGCAGGACUUUGGCACAGAGACAAGAGACGAGACUCACCUCUAAAAAAAAUCAAUAAAAGAAAACAUCGGUCCUCGACACCCUGACACCUUAAUCUGUAAGCCCCGCCCGGGCCGACAAAGCAUGUUUGUCACACCCAGAUGGAGGCUUGUCUCUGGCCAAGAACAGCAGUCCAUAGUACAUGUGCGUUACGUGUCUCUCAGCCUCGGAUCCGAAAUAAUCAACCUUUUAAAAGAUGACCCUGAGAGACCUGCUGUUUCCCCAGUGAGCUGCUACCGGAGGAUGCAUGAAGAGUGCCUCGCUAUCGACCAUGACUCCCCUCGCACACCUCCUGUACUAACACAGUCCACCGUCGCAACCAAGCACAGGAAACGGCUAACUCCUUCCAACCAAAGGACUCGGAGAUUUUAAUGGAUGUUGUGAGAGGUCUUUGAACAGUCGAAAGCUUUUUGUGCACAUACCGUACCAUCAUUUCACUUGGGGGGGCGUGCCACAUCUCAGGCCGACUUCCUCUACGCCUGUUUCUGCCUAAACUCACAAAGAGUUGAAUCUCGUGGCAACUGCACCCUCCACCACAUCUUUUUCUAACAAUUUAAGCAUUUACCAUGAAAUUACAGUACAUGUGCACUCUAUUUAUUACAUAUGUCUGUUUUCAUUGUUGUUAUCAGACAGGAUUUUCAUUUGCUUUAUGAGCACAAACUUUUUUUACAAAAAAAACUGUCAUCUGUGAAUAUAUACACACUGUAGUGGCUCUUUAAUCAGCCAUAUUAGAAUUGUCAGCAUUUCUCUCUUUGUUGUGUUGGACACUGAUUUCCGUUGUGGUUAUUGUUUAAGAAUGAAUAUUGUUAUUUUAUUUCACUAUUGUAAGUGUCCCAAAUCAUCAGUGUGCUAUACAGUAUGUGCCAUUCUUUUGUUUAUUCUACUGCUUUGUAAAUAUCUUGAAAAUGAUUUGUACAUGAUGUGCCAUUUUGCAUCCGUUUUGUGAUAUCAGUGUUAGUGUUUUAUUUUUUAUUUUUGAGCCUGGCCGAUUUAUUGGCUGGGACGAUAUUAUCAGCUGAUCUGAGCUUGUCAAAGAUAUGGGCAGGCUCAUGUCAUGGUGGCUAUUUUAACGUAUUUUGAGUUUGCCCACAACACUCUACUUCAUUUAUGUAUGUUUAGUCUUAUUUUUCUUAGCGAAAUUUAAGCAUAUUCAUGUAUUUGUUUUUUUUAUUUAUAGUUUUUUUGAUGCAUUUAUUUAUUCAAAUGUAAAAUGUCUCACUCACUACAUAUCUUGGUAACAAUGUUUUCAUAACCAGAUUUAAAGGAAUAGUUUGAAGUGUGGGUAUAACCCUAUUUGUUAUUUUGCAGUUAGUUGAGAAGCUUGACACCACUCUUAUGCUGUAUGAUUAUUUUAUUUUAAUUGUAUACUUUUUUAUUGAUCCCUAGG